AUCCCCCAGCCCAGAGGCCAGAAAUCCGGCGCCGCAGCCACAUCCCCACAUGCCCUGCCAUGAUCCCCGGCAUGUUACCCACAUGCCCCUGCCCGCCGUCGCCGAGCCCCCAGGACAGUAACCCCGAGCUCACCGCCCUCUUACCUGAGACCGAGAGCCAUCGGCCAUGCAUGGCCAUGGCCUCUCGUCGUCGAUACUCAUGGUGAAACUUGGGAGCGUAGUAGAAAAACGGAAAAUAUAUGCGAUGCUCCUAGGAUCGGAGGAUCAUAGUGUAGUGGCCCGCGGAGGAAUCAAGGCUGGAUCGGUCCCCGGGCCGGACCGGGCCUGCGCUGCGAGAUGGCGCACGCAUUUACUCGCCCCGAGCGACGGCGAGCGAGCGGAGGGAGAAAGAAGGUUCCCGGUUUAAAACGCCACGCCCCAUGCCCAUGGGGGGCAAGGCAAGGCAGCCCCCCAACCCACUUUCGUGCACAGCUCACUUUCCAGCGCGGUUCGGCUCGCUCGCUACCCAUAGCCAGCCUACGGUCUCCUGCCCGACUGCCUCCCUCCCCUCCCCCCCUCGCCGAACCGAGCUCCGUCAUCAUGCCGGCUCCGCUGUUGCAUGGAUCCAUGGCGCCCCCCCACCCCCUCGCCGCCGCCUAUGUAUACUAGCCUUCCUCCUCCUUAGCCCAUCAUUCAUCCAUCCCCGAGUGUCUCUCAGCUCGUCGGCUCGUCAUAGGCUCAUCACUACUUCACUAGUGGAUAGGCGCCUUGGUCGAGUCGGGUGAGGGGCAGGCAGGAUGCAGGACCUGUUCUCGGUGCCCUCCUGCUUCUCGUCGGGCGAGAAGCAGCUGCCGGACGCGCCGGCGUCGGCGGCGCCGGCGACCAGGUCGGGGCAGAGCGCGGUGACGCUGGUGUACCGCGCGGUGAUCUCCGGGCAGAGCCGGCUGGUCACCGUCACGUGGUGCAGGAACCUGCUGGCCCACGGCAUGCAGGUGUCCAUCGAGGGGUCGGCCGGCGGCGGCAAGGACAAGAGCGGCGGCGGCGGCAUCGAGGGCGGCGCCAAUAAGAGCUGCAGCGCGUGCAAGGUGGAGAUGCAGCCGUGGCACUUCUGGCGCAAGUACGGGGCCAAGCAGUUCCAGGUGGACGGCCGGGCGGUGGACGUGGUGUGGGACCUGCGGGCGGCGCGGUUCUCCGACGAGCCGGAGCCGGUGUCGGACUACUACGUGGCGGUGGUCUCCGGCGAGGAGGUGGUGCUCCUGCUCGGCAACCAGAACAAGGAGGCGUUCCGGCGGACGGGGGCCCGGCCGUCGCUGUCGCUGGGGGACGCGGCCAUGGUGUGCAAGAAGGAGCACGUGUUCAGCAAGAAGCGGUUCCUGACCCGGGCGAGGUUCCACGAGAAGGGGAAGCUGCACGACAUCAGCAUCGAGUGCAGCAGCGGCAACCUCGGCGGCGGCGGCGGCGGCACGGACGUGGACAUGGCCAUCAAGAUCGACGGCUGCGUCAACGUGCUCGUCAAGCACCUCCAGUGGAAGUUCAGGGGCAACGACUGCAUCUCCAUCAACAAGAUGAAGGUGCAGGUCUACUGGGACGCCCACGACUGGCUCUUCGGCACCGGCAUGCGCCAGGCCCUCUUCAUCUUCAAGCCCCAGCCCCCCUCGCCCGACUCCGACGCCGCCCUCGCCGACGAGUUCUCCGAUUUCUGCCUCUUCCUCUACGCAUGGAAGAUCGAAUGAGCUAGACUUAGCUAGCUAGACACCCUGCCUACAUUCGUUUGUUACUGCCGCCACAUUACAGAGCGGCUGAUGAUGGACAUUUCACCAUGUUACGAGCAACAUACUUCUACCAUGUAAUGUAAGUAUGUAACGAUGUGUGAGUGUAAGAGGGGGAGUGAAUGUGUGUCUGAUUGAGGUUGAGGCUGAGGCCAUGCCAUUCUCUUCUGUUC